CAAGUCGUUACACGGUGGUUAGGGUAAACAACAUGGCAGACCGUGAGAAGAAAACGAAAGAGAGGAAAGAACGGUUAGUAUCAGCUGCACAGAAAGGAGAUGCUGACACAAUAAAAAGAGUUCUUGAGAACACCACAAUCAAUCCAGAUAUAAAAGUGAAACAUGAGAAAAGAAGCCCCCUCCAUUUGGCUGCCGGGUAUGGGCAGGUUUCAGCCGUAGAGGAGCUAUUGAAGGCUGGAGCAGAUCCAUCACAAACAACAAGUAUUGGAAGAACACCUUUGCAUGAGGCUACAUUAGGGGGUCACUAUGAUGUGAUCAGAGUACUCUUGGACUACGUAGAAGAUAUCAAUGCUCAAGACAAAGAUGGGCACAGUGCAGUCCAUUUGGCAGCCUAUCAUGGAGAAGAAAAAUGCCUUGAAGUCUUAUCAAACAGAGGUGCUAGCCUUUCAAUUGAGGACCAAUGGGGACGCCAUCCUGCUCAUCUAGCUGCAAUCCGUAACCAUCCCAAGAUACUGGAACUUCUGUUUGGGAAAGGGGUAGACCUAGAGUGCACCUGUGACCUUGGAAAGCUUCCUCUGCAUUAUGCAGCUCAGUACGGAGGUCUGGAAAGUUUGAUCUGCCUGAUAGAGCGUGAUUGUGAUAUCACAAUUGGUGACAACAAUGGCAAUGUCCCUGCCCACAUGGCUGCCUGGCAUGACCACCUGGACUGUCUCAGGUUCCUGGUUAAACAGGGAUCAGCAAUGGAUGUGGCCCAGGGAGAGGGAAAGACUCCUGCUCAUGUGGCUGCAUUGCAUGGCUCCGUCAAUUGCCUUCACUGGCUUUUUGAGAAAAAACUCACACCAAAUUAUCAAGAUGGCUAUGGCAACACCCCAGGGCAUUAUGCAGCUGAAGGUGCACAUCCCAAAUGUUUUAACUGUUAUCUGCAACAUGAGGGAAGUUUGGACAUUGUAAAUGACCGCAUGGAAACUCCCCUGGAUACUGCCCGGCGGUUUGGACAUCCAUUGCUGAUGGAAAGUGCAGUAAAAAAUGAGCUUCUAUGUCCCCUCUGCGAGGCAAAAUGGGAGAGACUGGAGUGGGAAAAGGAACAUGCCCCAGCACCAGUGGAAAGAAGCAUCAUCAGAACUGGUCAAGUGGCUUACACAUGCCCUGUUCCACCAAAAGCAAGGCAUAAACCCCAAGAGGAAGAAGCUAGCAAUGAGAAGACGGAUGGUAAAAAACAACCAGCACCAAAAAAAGAGAUUAAAGCUAAAGUGUUAACAGGUUCAUACUUGCAGAAAGAAAAGAAAAAACUUCCACCAAGAGACCUUACCACAAGAUAUUUUGGAAAUCACAUCCAAAGCUCAGAUCUCUUCAAGUUUGAUUUUUGAAAGACUUAAAAUCAUAUGCAAAAAUGUGCAGAGCAUUGGGUUUUGGUAUUUGGAUAGGAAAACAAAAAUAAAAAAUGUAACACGACCAAGAAAACACAUUUUAAUGUUAAGAACUCUAGAACACCCCUGGCUUCCCCAGUAGUCUUAUUAUUCAAUUAGUUCUCACAAGCCAUGUAUAAUUUGUUAAUUAAUAGAAUCAGUGUCAAGUUCAGACUCACACAAACCCCUCAUAGCAUUCAUAUCACAAUGUACUGAGUGUUACUGGGCUUUAUUUUCAGGAAAUAAUGCAAAUAAUUGCUCUUCCAUUGUUAUGUGUAUCAGUCAGUGUAACAAUUUACAAAUAUCAACUCCAACUACUCCCAACUAGUUUAUAAUCAUUGUCUACAUCAAUCUAGCAUAUUGUAAAAUUUUAUACAUAACAUCACAAAGUUUUCUAGAUAAAAAAAAUAUAUUAUUAAGUGCAAUCAUAGGUAUUUUCUUGUACAAAAUCCUCCAUGCAGAUAUAAGGGGCAACAUGUUGGCGGGAAAUACUUAUGCCAUAGAUUUUGAUCACACUGUCCAUACUUUUCUCAUAAACGCUGAAGCCUAACUUAACCCUUUCAACCAUCCAAUACACUGCACCAAAUGCUGAUGUCUUUUUUUUUACAACAAAUAAAGUAGAAACACUUUAAACAUGAUGAAUCUGAGUCUUAAUAAGUUUAUUAAUCAGAAAACUUGCCUUAAUUUGGACCCAACAUAUGUCCCCCUUUUGCAUCACAUCUUUGACUGUCAGUUAACUUGCAAAACUACUUCUUCUCAUAAUGCCAAGUAAUUUUGAAUUAAAAUUAUCUCAAAAUUAAGUAGGAUAAUCUUUUUUAAAUAAAAAUCCAACACAUCUUGUUCUUGUCUAUUGAAAAUUAUCUUGCAAAACUACAUCUAUUUAAAACGCCAAGUAAUUUUGAAUUAUAAUGAUCUCAAAAUAAAAUAGGAUAAUCUUUUUGAAAUAAAAAUAAUCCAAUACAU